AUGGAUAUAUUUAAAGUAAUGAAAGCUGAAAAUAUUUUGAGAUUGAUUCACACAGUUCUAAUGUUCAUAUCGUUGAUUUCGCCAUCAUUAUUCGCUGGUUUACUGCCAUCAGAAACCAGGGAAUUGGAAAUCAAUAUAUAUGACAGGCUUCUGUUCGAGAAAGAUAUAGACCAGGAGUAUCAGUUGAUGAGGUUCGCGGAGUAUGUGGCGGCUCGGCCUAAUCGUCUGCGCGUUAUGAUGGUGGUGCCGCUGGACUGGUCGCUGCCGCUCAUCAUUUUCAACGUUUGCGUCUCCUACCAGAUCGUGAUACUGCAGUUCAAUCAUUUGCUCUAA